AUGGACGCUCUCAAAGCUGGCGUUGAAAAAAUGAAAGAAGCUAAUGAAGAAAAAAAAGCUGAUAGUAAACAACAAAAGUCUAACGAUCCAAAUGUUAAACCAAGUGAACGAAUGGAUGCAGGAUUCGAAGCAAAUAAAGCAGCUGCCAAAGCUGCUGAACAUCAUUCCAAAGCUGAACAACUCAAAAAUAAACAUGUUCAUACCUAA